AAAGGCAGAUGAACUUAAUAAGUACUUUGCAUCUGUCUUCACUGUGGAAGACAUUAGCAGUGUGUCAGGGAGCAGGAGUGAGUGCCAUUAUUAUUACAAAGGAAAUAGUGCUAGGCAAACUGAAAUGAAUUAAGGUGGAUAAGUCACCUGGACCAGAUGGAACCCAGAGUCCUGAAAGAGUUUGCUGAAGAGAUAGAAGAUGCAUUGGUUAUGAUCUUUCAAGAAUCACACAAUUCUGGCAUGGUUCUGGAGGGCUGGAAAAUCGCAAAUGUCACUCCGCUCUUUAAGAAUGGAGGAAGGCAAACGAAAGGCCAGUUAGCCUAAGCUCAGUGGUUGGGAAAGUGUUGGAGUCUACUAAGGAUAAGGUUUCAAGGCAUGUGGUGACUAAUGAUAAAAUAAAUCAAAGUCAGCAUGGUUUCUGUAAAGGAAAAUCUUGCCUGACAAACCUGUUAGAGUUCUUCAAGAAAGUAAUAAGCAGGGUGGUCACAGGAGAGGUAGUGGAUGUCAUUUACUUGGAUUUUCAAAAAGCACUUGAUAAAGUACCAUACAUGAGGCUGCUUAACAAGAUAAAAUGCCAUGGCAUUACAGGAAGGAUACUGGCAUGGAUAGUGGAAUGGCUGACAGGCAGCAGGCAGCGAGCGGGAAUAAAAGGGGCCUUUCUGGUUGGCUGCCGGUGACUAGCGGUGUUCCUCAGGGGUCAGUACUGGGAUCGCUAAUUUUCACAUCGUUUGGCAAUGAUUUUGAUAAUGGAAUUGAUGACUUUGUGGCAAAGUUUGCAGAUGAUGUUUGCAGAUGUUUGCAGGUGGAGGGGUAGGUAGUGCUGAGGAAGCAAUGCGAUGGAAUACAGUGUUGGGAAAUGAAUGAUAAUGUAUUUUGGUGAAAGGAACAGUAGUGCGGACUAUUAUCUAAAUGGGGACAAGAUUCAAACAUCAGAGGUGCAGAGAGACUUAUGAGUCCUCGUGCAAGACUCCCAGAAGGUUAAUUUCCAGGUUGAGUCUGUGGUAAAGAAGGCAAAUACAUUGUUGGCAUUUAUUUCAAAGGGGAUAGAAUAUGAAAGCAAGGAGAUAUUGCUGAGCCUUUUUAAGACACUAGUCAGGCUGCACUUGGAGUAUUGUCAACAGUUUUGGGCCCCUUAUCUCAGAAAGGAUGUGUUGUCACUGGAGAGAGUCCAGAUGAGGUUCAAAAUGAUGAUUCCAGGAAUGAAGGGGUUAACAUGCACAUUUGGCAGCUCUGGGCCUGUACUCACUGGAAUUUAGAAGAAUGCGUGGGGACCUCAUUGAAACCUACCGAAUGUUGAAAGGACUAGAUAGGUUGGAUGUGGAGAGGAUGUUUCCUAUGUUGGGGGAUGUCCAGAUCUCAAAAUUGAGGGGCAACCCUUUAGAACAGAGUUAAGGAGGGAUUUUUUUUUUAGCCAGAGAGCAGUGAAUCCAUGGAAAGCUCUGUCACAGACUGCGGUGGAGGCCAGGUCCACAUUAGGGUAUAUUUAAAGCAAAAACUGAGAGUUUCCUGAUUGGUCAGGGCAUCGAAGAUUAUGGUAAGAGUGGUGUAUGGAGUUGAGUGGGAUCACGGAUCAGCCAUGAUGGAAGGUGGAGCAGACUCGAUGGGCUGAAUGGCCUAAUUCUGCUGCUGUGUCUUUUGAUGUAAUAUCAUGCUCGGUUUUGGUUGCCUUGGUGUAGGAAAGGUUUCAUUAAGCUGGAAAGAGUGCAGAGGAAAUUUAUGAAAAUAUUUCAGGGACAAGGGACUGGGUUAUAGAGAGAGGUUCGCAAAUGUGGGGCGAUAUUGUGGAGGUGUAUAAAAUUAUGAGGGACGCAGAAAAAGUGAAUACACUCUGUUCCCUAGGGUUGGGGAAUCAAAAACUACAGGGCACCAGUUUAAGGAGAGUGCGGAGGAAACCUGAGAGGGAACUUUUUCACCCGGUCUGCAUCUGGACGAACUUCCAGAGGAGGCGCUUGCAGGUCCCUCUGUCAGCCCGAUGCAGCAGACGGUAGAGCAUCAGAAGGGGCGGCGAGCACCGGCGGCCACCCGGUGUGGGUCGGGCAGCUGCUUGUCGGACAGCGGCCGAGGUCUGGUGGUGGCCCUAUUUGGAGGCGGAGUGCCCGCCGGUUUUGUGGCGCCGUUUGCCCGCAUCGCCCACCAGGCAUCGCGGAUGCCCUCGCUGGAGAUCCUGCUCUUCCGCUGCCUCCUUCAUGUAGGGCUGGCUUUCACCAUGAAGUGCCAGGGGCUGCCGCUGUUCGGGCCCCGAUCUGCCUGGAGACCUAUCUUCGCGCACGCCGUGGUCAACGUGCUGUCGGUGGGCUGCGCCUACAGCUCGUUCAUGUUGAUCCCAGCCGGGAGCGCCACCACCGUGCGGAAAGGCACCUCGACGCUCUGCUCCGCGCUGAUGAGCGCGGCCCUCGGCACGCAACGCCUCAGCUGCUGGGACUGGCUGGGCCUGCUGGGCAGCACGGCCGGCCUCUCGCUCAUCGUGGCCCCUGACCUGGCAGGACUGAGGAGGGGCAAGCUCCUCGCCGAGCUACUGGGCUACGUGCUGGCCGUGCUGGGGGGUCUGGCGCUCUCAGUGGCCCUGUUCCUGUUCCGCGCUCUUUCGCACCCAGCCAAACUGCUGACGGCCGCCUUCACCUUCGGUGUUGUGGGCAGCUUGCUGUGCGCACCAUUGGUCCCCCUGCUCCAGGAGCCCGUGGUCACCACCGACCCACUCACCUGGAGCUGCGUGGUCGGCCUCACCCUCCUGGCCCUGGUCUCCUUCUUCUGCGCCAAUUACGCCGUCACCAAGGCACACCCGGCCCUGGUCUGUGCCCUACUCCACUCUGAGGUGGUGGUCACCAUGACCGUCCAGUAUUUCGUGCUCAACGAACCCGUUGACGCCUAUGAUCUCGGCGGCGCUGGCGUUAUCAUCGGCAGCAUCGCUGUGCUGACCGCUCACAACAUUGUACAGGACAGGGAGGAGGGCUCAGCAAAGCAAGGGCAUUAAAGACUAUUUGCUUGUAGACACCCGACAUCUGUCUCCAUUAGUCAGCAGGGUGGGUGGUGUGGGU